CUACUUUAACAAUCUCAUACACAAAACCUACUAAAAAAGUUCCCACAUAAGUCCAUAUACACACUUUCUUUUCCUUUUUGUUCAUAUAUACUUAUCUUGUAUAGUUCCUUAGAUUUGAUAUUUCUUUUUUCUUUUUGUUUGUUUUACUUCAAUGAUCAACGACAAAUCUAACGAAUUCAUUCGUCGGAUUUUGAAUUUUCCGGCUAUACGUCCUAGUGAAACAAUAUGUUUUUCUAGCCUUGUUACAUCUCUGAUCCAACUAGGCCAAAAAAUAUGUGAAUACAAGUCGAGAACAUUCUUUACUAAUAAUAAGAAUUGUCGAAACUCGAUACGUUUGAUUGAGGAUAUUCUCGUCGUUGUCAAAGAAAUUCCAAAUGGGGUUUCAAGAUUUGCAAAUUCCAGCAUUUUGAGUAGCUUAUCAGAGAUCCAUUUUAUCUUCCAGAAGUAUCAGUUCUUGUUGGAAGAUUGUAGCAGAGAAGAUGCCAGGAUAUGGAUGUUAGCCAAGUCCGAGGAUGUCUCUUGCCAGAUUCAGAUGCUGGCAAGAGCUGUUGCUGUGGCACUUGAUGUUCUGCCUUUGGAGGAAAUGGAUGUUUCUGUGGAAGUUAAAGAAGUGGUGGAGUUUGUGAGAAAUCAAGCUGUUAAAUUGAAGUUUGAAGUAGAAAUGGAUGAUAGGAGAGUGCAAAUGAAUGUUUUGAAGAUUUUGGAUCAACUUGAAGAUGGAAUUAUUCCAGAAUCAAGUGAUUUGAAAAGGGUUCUUGAUUAUUUAGGGAUUAAAUGUUGGAGCGCGUGCAAUAAAGAAGUUAAGUUCUUGGAUAAUGAGAUUUUCUCAGAGGGAAAUACAGAUAUGGGGCUUCUCAGUAGCUUAAUGGGGUUCAUGAUUUACUGCAGGGGAACUCUGUUUGAAGUAUUGGAUAAUGUAUCAAGUACGCAAAUCAAUGGAGGCAGCAGUAAUGCAGAUCAAGUCAUCAGGUUCUUGAAUCUUGAUGAUUUUAGGUGUCCAAUUACGCUGGAAAUCAUGAGUGAUCCUGUGACAAUAGCCUCAGGUCACACAUAUGAUCGGUCUUCGAUCCUCAAAUGGUUCAGAUCUGGAAACUCCACUUGUCCAAAGACUGGUGAGAGGUUAACAAGCAUUGAUUUGGUUCCUAAUUUGGCUUUGAAGUUCUUGAUCAAACAGUAUUGCUAUGUGAAUGGCAUUCCGUUUGUGGAAACUGGCAGGCGAAAUCGCGAUACUGUAAAAUCUGUUGCUACAGGUAGUGUGGCUAAUGAGCAGGCUAUGAAGUUGCUUGCAAGUUUUCUAGUUGGCAGACUAGUUGCUGGAACAAUGGAACAGCAAAAUAAUGCUGUUUUCGAAAUUCAUUUGCUCACCAAAACAAGCAUUUUUAACAGGUCUUGUUUGGUGGAAGCUGGUGCAAUCUCACCUCUCCUGAAUCUUGUUACUUCAAGGGAUUCCUCUUGUCAAGAGAAUGCAAUGGCUACUCUACUGAACCUCUCGAAAAACUCUAACAGCAAAAGCAUAAUUGUUGGAAAUGGAGGUUUGUUCGCGAUACUUGAUGUUUUGAAGGGAGGACUAAAGAUGGAAGCACGACAGCACGCUGCUGGUACAUUAUUCUACCUGACAUCUGUAGAAGAGUACCGCAAAAUGAUUGGAGAAAAUCCGGAGAUCAUUCCAUCACUUUUGGAGCUGCUAAGAAAUGGAACUGACUGGGGAAAAAAGAAUGCCUUGGUCACCAUUUUUGGCCUCUUAAGGCGCCCCGAAAACCACUGGAGAGUAAUUGCCGCUGGAUUAGUCCUUUUGGUGGUUAAUCUGUUGAAAUCUUUCAAAAGGGAAGAUCUCAUUACAGAUUCUUUGGCAGUUUUGUCAACUCUUUCUGAAAGAUUAGACGGAGCAAUGGCUGUUCUUUAUGCUGGAGCUUUACCUAUUAUUGUGAAUGUUCUAAGUUCUUGCAAUUCAAGGGCAGCAAAGGAGUAUUGUGUCUCAUUGUUGCUGGCUUUGUGUAUCAAUGGUGGGGCAGAUGUAGUUCCUGUUUUAGUAAAGAACUCAUCUCUCAUGGGACCUUUGUAUUCCCUCCUCGCUGAAGGCAACUCAAAAGCUAGCAAGAAAGCUAGUACACUCAUCAGAAUCUUGCAUGAGUACAAUGAGAAGACCUAUUCUGGAUUGGUCUCUCCAGUUUUUAUAGAGGAUCAAUUCAUUAAUGUGUGGUAAAUAUUUUCAAGCAUCCAACUUGUAUAUAUAAACCAUGGACGACCAUGGUGUAGGAUGCUUUGGUGUCCUUUCCAUUGACUGGUGAUAUGGGCUCAAGUUUUAAGAGCUAGUCACUACACUGCUGCAGCUUCUGUUUUUUUGAAUGAAGCUUUGUAUAGUUUUACUUGUAUCUCUAUACUCAUGAUGUUAAUGUGAAUCCUUGUUAUGUAAGCAUCACUCCCUGUACUCUUCAAGUUAAUAAUAGUAAUAAUUUUCUUAUCUGAA